AUGACAGAUUGUAAUGAACGCAUUAUAUUAAAUGUUGGUGGAAUCAAGUAUGAAACGUAUCGAUCAACCUUGACGGCGUAUCCAGAUACGUUACUUGGAACGAUGUUUCAACAACGUAAUCACGCACUAUUACACCCAAUGAAUGACAAUGAAUAUUUCAUUGAUCGUAACGGACGAGCAUUUCAUUAUAUACUAGAAUUUUAUCGCACAGGAGAGAUCCUUUGGCCAAAUUGUGGAGAUGAUGAUGGUGAAUCGUUAUCUACAGCAAAGAUUUGUUGUGCGCUCGUGACCAGAAAAGAACUUUCGAAGGAAUUAGAUUAUUUUCAAAUUCCAAUACCAAAAGAGAAAUCGAUUUCUCCUGAUAACUUCAAUAUAAACGUUGAAGAUGAAUAUAAAAUAUUAGCAAUAAAAUUAGAUGGGUUUGUAAAAUCGUUAUUGGAAUCUAUAUGUUUAGCAAGGCAAGAUUAUCAAAAUGUUUUAAACGUAAAAUUCUAUGAUCGCCUACCGACCAAAGAUGCACCAAAAUCCAUUCAUUUUCAGCCAAACAUUGAUAAAUUAUUAAGACCUUAUGUUGGAAGUGGUUAUUUCAUGCUCGAAAUGUUUUCCAAACCUAUCGAAACUCGUAUUAAAAGUUGUUUACCUGGAAUAAGGUGGAGCCUAGAUAAGAGGUUUAAAUAUGAACCAGAACCAAAUUAUUAUGAUUUAAAAAUCAUUGGAAAUGAUUUUUUUGAUAAAAAUAUAAUUCUUAAAUAUUCUUGUCUUGAUACAAGAUGA